GCCACUUUAGUAUUUCGAAUAGAAAACAACCACCGACUCGGCGUCUUUGUUCACAUUUCACAACCCUUGGUCAACCGAUCACCUAGGUAAGUAACAUCGCCAGCAUGUCAUCCUCUGUAUAUUCAUUCCCUGUACGUGCAAGAUGCAUGCUUCCAGUCCCUAGUUCCCCUACGUCUCCUUCGUACUUCACACCUCUUCACACAAAACACGCGGCUCUGAAAGAUAAUGUUUCCCUUGCACCACACGAAUGGUUGAACGUAAACCGCAGAAUCGUACGAACAGUUGAUACUAUCCUACCAUAUGGUCCGCUCAUUCAAGGCCCAGGUCCAAAAACAUACGAACUGCAUGCCGACCUGGGGGUUGCAUUAGUCGCAGACAUUGCAAUCCGGCCAAUCCGGAGACCCUGCUCCCUUUCAAACGCAGAGCUUCAGAAUAAGAUACGACAAAUGGCAGCAGAUCCGAGAAAAUCCGAGUUCCGGCACACUUACCUUAACGGGAGGGUGUGGUUCUCUUUUCGUAUCUUGGAUCUCGAGCUAGCGAGCCAACCCCUUGAAGACGAUAAUUUCCAAACUUUCGUGGGAAGUAUACGCACUAUACGCGAGGACCCUGAAGAGGAUGAAUAA